CGGAAACAUACGAUCUUCCUUGUUGUUGAAUUUUUCUUUCCAGGUGACGGAACGCAGUUCGUGCUCCAGCUCUGGUGUUCUCUGUGCCAGUCGUUUCAAACCGUUUGUCCGUUCUUCUGGGGGUUCUGAAACUCAAUUUUAGAUACGCGCCCUCCUGAUCUUCCAUUAGUGGAGAAGUCAGCAUCCGCCCCGGACCAACGAUUGCCGGGAGAAGCUGAAAAUAUUCAUCCCUGUACAAAUCAGAUUGGCAGUUACUCGCUGUUGGGUUUGCAGUUUGGACCAGAUUUAAUUUAUUUGUUCAUCAGCACUGGUGCAUAGCCACCGCACAGGAUGCCGAGCAGCAGAGUGGAGCAUGAUGACUCCUCGUCAUCGGAGCGGUGUAGCAGUUUUAGCGGCGACGAGCGCUUCACCCGCCGAGACUAUGGGAGCGAUGGCAGAGGAAGCGGCAGCGGCGUUUCCGUUCGCCAACCUAGAGCGAUUCACCCUGCGGACCAAAACACUGGACAGCGGGGCAGGGGCAGAUCUACGCGACAGGCUGGUGGCAGUAUGGAGGGAGAGGCAGCCGAGAAAGCCCUUCGCAAUGCCCGCGAGAGACACCGCUGCCAGCAAAUCAUCCAAGCGUAUACUGAACUGAAAUCCGUGCUUCCCUCGCUGCACUACGAGGAGUUGUCUCGGGUGGAAAUACUGAGACGGACGAUCCGCUAUAUGAACUAUUUGGUCGAGUGUCGAGACACGGGAGAGUGUGAUGAAGACAGAGCGGCCGAAGUAAUGCGAGAAAGCCACAAGAAACGCCGCCUGGAAGGCAGGGGCAGGUCACCCGUGUGCGCGUCAAACACAAACCAGCGACAGCCAGUCGCCACUGCGCCAACCACCGUCCGUUCAGGUUGUGCUACCGUCCAUUCCCAUGUGAAGUUAGGCCACCCUAGGAGCAGUACGCAGCAGCCCGUGGAUAAGCCGAAGAGACAAGAUGAUGCCAUGGCCAUAAGCUUGCAGAAUCGCGGCCGACUGUACAGCAUGCCUCCAGACCUGGAGACAACAUCAGCCCAAAGCCAUGUCAGCCGACAACAGCUCUCCGCACGCGCAAGCCAGACGGCCGACAUGCGUGCCGCCAUGGUGUCAUCGCCGCCGACAACUAUGAAAGCUGUUUCUUCCAGGGACCCCACUGCCACUCGUGGCAUUCCGUGUAAGCCACAGCGGACAGUACAGCCGAUCAAAACGGAAGCAAGACCGCGACACGAGCCCGCUGCGCCGCAGCAUGCCAUCGCCAUCACGGACUUCAAGGUGCUCUCCGAGUACGCACGCCAGAAUCCCCACUGGCGAGCUGCAGGGGAUAAGCAGGUCGCGGGGAAGUCCCUCACCAAGCUGCAAAGCAUCUUCGAUCACGCGUACACGAGCUUCUGCAAUCGAAUCAACGCGCCGCAUGCGGCGAAGCGUAGCCAAGACGAGCGUGAUGAUAACGUCAACUGUGCAGAUGAACUGCACAGAAAGAAACGCCAGCGAUCUGUAUACGGCGAAACAGCGCAAGCAAGACAGUCAUCGAACAGGCAGCAUUCAACUCACCACAUGCCGGCUGAGCAGUGUGGAGUUCGCCGUGGUGCGGCUGAAUCACAGAUGCAUGCAAAGGGUGACAACGAAGGUAACCAUCAUGGCCACCUGCAGCAGGAAACAAGGGUCGAGAGCACCCCAGCCCCGGCGCACUCCCAGUGUGCCUACUACCGGCCACCGUCGCAUACGAGUUCCAUUCCGUUCCACUCCGGGGAAAGCCCCAUGGUAGCGGGACAAACCCCCGUGCUUCUGGGGACCCCGCCGGCGCAGACGUUACAGCAGCCGGUCGUGUAUCAACUGGUGAGCGCUGACCAUGGGCACGCGCAGCACCAGGUGCAGGUCAUGCCCAUGCACAGCCUGCAAGUACCGGCGCAGUCACAGUACGUCCUGCAGCACGGCGGCGCUCCACAAGUACAGUACAUCGUCUACCCGGGUCACCCGACACCUCCCGUGGCAGCAACCCUACCUGUAGCCCAACCGACACCCAUCACAUCAACGCCACCGUCGACUGUCCCGUCGGAAAACCUUGCACAGGAUCACGCAGACGGGACUAGCAUGGAACCCGACUACGAGUGCACGUCCCCGAUGCGCUACACCAGACAAGAGCACGCCAUUGGUGGCUCGCCUCGUCGGCCGGAGAACUUCGACGUGGCGCCGAGCGAUGGCGAUGGAGACGGCGACGUGAGACCGGAGCCCUCGCACCCGAGCGCCAAGCUGGUCACGCGCAGCAUCAAGUCCAGCCUGGAGCGGAGCUUUGCCGACCCGAAGGAGGCACGGCGACGGAUCUCCGCCGACAUCAUGAGCACGCCGCACCGACGGCGGAAACGGCGCGGCGCCUACAGCCCGUACCCGCUGCAGAUCAAUGGACACUCCGUGGGAAGCAUGUAGCUGCUGAUGUCUCCAGCGUGAGAGAAUGUAGAUCCCCUGCUUGUCUCAAUUUCACCAGCAUCCCAGUCUAUUUAAUCUCCUAAACGUCUAGUUAUUGCGUGCUGUCGUGUGCAGUAAAUUACUUCGGCAUUUGUCAUCGUCAGUGAUAACUUCCUUGUUUUUCCAGCCAGUGUUGUAGUGGUUGUUGUUCUUGUUGCUGCCGCCGCCGGUGUCACUACUGCUGGUGUCACUACUGCUGUUGUUUCCAAUACUGCUGGUGUCACUACUGCUGUUGUUUCCAAUACUGCUGGUGUCACUACUGCUGUUGUUUCCAAUACUGCUGGCGUCACUACUGCUGUUGUUUCCAAUACUGCUGGCGUCCUUGUUCUUUUCUCUUUGUACCUAGUGUUUCAUACUAGUCCUGGCUGGGUACCAUACACUCAAAGCCACAGCUGUGUGGCGAUGUCAACGGCACUAGUCAUCUCGUACUUGACUUCGAGUCUUCUAGAAAUAUUGGAAAAGGUGUUGAGUUGAGGAGAAUUUCUAUCAUCCUCUUUUUUAUCCUUGACAAGCUCUUCAAUAUUCCUAGUUAGCCUUGUUGAUUCUGGAUGCUUAACGUUAGUUGAUACUGCCUCGACAUUUUAUCUUUAUUAUAUCUAUUAUGUGAUCACCUAGACAUGCCAAGCUCAUCGUGUUAUGUCUUAUUCUCUACGAUUAUCCACUUUUGAGUCAAUCUUCUCUUUCCGCUGGCCGUACACUAUCCCAUGAACAUUCAGCGCCUGGUUUUGCGCUCAUAACAUUAUUAAUAUUUUUGUUGUAUGUUAUAACAUGUCUCCGCAAAGGCAGGCGCUAUAGUACUUUUCAUGCACACUCAUAUUAUACCGCUCCUCCGUGUUGUCCACAUUCCAUGCACGGUAUGUUUCUUCGCUUUGCGUAAAACAGAUUUUGGAGUUCUGGCCAGCUAGCCUGGUGUUUUGAA